GAGCGGCCGGGAGGAAGGCGGGGGAGGAAGGGGCCGCUGAAGCUCCCCUGGGAGCCGCCAUUUUCCGGAGGAUAGGGAAGGGGAGGGCGGUGCGCGCCCCUCGCUCCGCUCUUAAAGCGGCAGCGCCCGGCACUGAGGGGCUCCUCCCGGUUGAGGCCCCGGUGUAGAAGCGGGAAGGCCCGUGGCCGCGGUUUCCUCCGGUCACCACAACUGAGGGCAGACGGUGUCGGGACAGGACCAGACUGCAUCCCAAGUGCUGAAGCUCUCGCCGCGGUGCCCACGUUUCCUACGCCGGGAAGCGAGUGAGUUGGCCAAACCAGCAGCCAUGGCAGCCGACGAGAGGGACUACAACCUGACAGAGGAGCAGAAGGCCGUCAAAGCCAAAUACCCACCGCUCAAUAAGAAAUACGAAUAUUUGGAUCACACCGCAGAUGUGCAGUAAGUGUGGGCAGCUGGGGUUUCUCACUAUGACAAAUUGAGUCACUGCUUUAAGUCCGGAGUAGCUGUUGAGAACUGGUUGCAGAUGUACACCUGGUGGAACUGUGAAAUGUCACACACUGUGGUUUUUGAUGGCUCCAUGCCUGGGGGGACACUUUGGAAGAAGCCUUUGAGCAGUGUGUCAUGGCCAUGUUUGGCUACAUGACCGACACCGAGACCGUGGAACCUGUGGAUACAGUAGAGGUAGAGGCAGAAGGACAUGACAUGUUGUCUCUUCUCUUCCACUUCUUGGAUGAGUGGCUGUAUAAAUUCAGCGCUAAUGAGUUCUUCAUCCCCAGGGAAGUGAAAGUGCUUUACAUUGACCGAAUGCAAUUCAAAAUAAGAUCAAUUGGGUGGGGAGAAGAGUUCUCCUUACCCAAACACCCUCAGGGCACAGAGGUGAAAGCCAUAACCUACUCAGCAAUGCAGAUCUGUGAAGACGAAAAGCCAGAAGUCUUUGUCAUCAUUGAUAUUUAACGCAAGAAAAGUGUGGUCGAGCAGAUGCUUCUCAUCAGCUGGCAGAAGUCCCUUGAAAAGUGUAAUCCCCGAAGUGACUAAGGAAUUGGCCAAUUUGAGUCAUAAAUUGGAGGGAGUCAUUGUGGGGACUGUCAGCCUGUGGAUGGUGAGACAGAAAUACCUGCAGGCCAGGAAAAAAAAGAGCUGGUUGGAUUUUGGGGGGUGUUGAGAAGAAGAAGAGUUGUAGGGGCUGAAAGUCUCUCAGGAUUGCUAGUACUCAGCUUUUAAGGCUUCUAAAUGUUAGAUGCUAUAUGAACUAAACAGAAAUUAGUGGAGCUGUUAGGUAAAAUAGUCUCUUUUUGUAGGGUGGCAGGAGAUAAUGUUCAUCUACAUGAUUUCAUUUGCAGGUUGAAGUGUUCCAAUUCUGAGGUGACGUCCCUCCUCAUAUUAUAUAAAAGGUCCAAAAGACCAAAGUGGGUUGGAUUUAAUGUGGAAAAAAUUCUGUCUGUUCAAAGGACAUCUAAAAAGUACACUAAUUUAAAAAACAAACACACCUUUAGAUUACUUUAAAAAAAGUCAUACCAGCAGGUGGUGCUGAAUUGCUGUAAAUAGAUUUCCACAUGAAAUCCUAAAGCAUGUGAUCAUGUACAUGGAAUCCUAAUAGCUUCUGUUAUCAUUCUAAAAAGUAUUUGCUGCCAUAGAAGGGGAUGUACCAGAUUUUGUCGAGCAAAAGGUGAUUCUCUUAUUUUAAAAAGCAGAUCAUUUGAAUCUGCUUCACUGUCUUCCUUUAGAAAGGACAAUCCAGAGAAUACUUUAAUGUCAAAGGAUAAUGGACUUCACUGAAUCAAAAUUAAUCAAAAAAUAAUCAAAAGUGUGUUUUGUUUUAAAUCACAGGACAGCAAAUGUGCGUUACCUGCCAUUGCUCUGAGUAAGGGACAGUCGGUGCUGGCCUGACCGGCGGUUUUUAUUGUAAAUGCUACAAGUGCCUCGCCUCUGAGGGACUAUCUCAUUUUAUUGUGUCGUAAAGGCAUCUUAAAUAAAUCUGGUUUUAUUCCUAUAU